AGAAUAUCAAGCAACCCUAGAUUACAGACCACUCACUGAUUCAGAUCCUAUUGAGGACCAUCAGAUUUGUGUGUGUGUGAGAAAGAGGCCUAUUAAUAAAAAAGAACUGAAUAAAAAGGAGGUUGAUGUGGUCACAGCUCCCAACAAGCAAAAUGUUAUAGUUCAUGAGCCCAAACUGAAAGUAGAUCUCACAAAAUUCCUUGAGAACCAGAACUUUCGUUUUGACUAUGUCUUUGAUGAGAAUGCAGACAAUGAAAUGGUAUACAGGUAUACAGCUAAGCCAUUAGUAGAGUGCAUAUUUGAACAGGGUAUGGCCACUUGCUUUGCAUACGGCCAAACUGGCAGUGGGAAAACUCAUACAAUGGGAGGAGAUUUUUCUGGUAAACAGCAGGACUGUACCAAAGGAAUAUAUGCAUUUUCAGCUCGUGAUGUUUUCAAACUCCAUCAUGGAAAGUACAAGAAGCUGGACCUACUGGUGUCUUGCAGUUUCUUUGAAAUUUAUAGUGGCAAGGUGUUUGACUUGCUCAAUAAAAAACAGAAGCUACGUGUGUUGGAAGAUGGCAAGCAGCAGGUGCAGGUGGUAGGACUCAAGGAAGAGUUAGUUCAUUCUGUGGAUGAAGUCUUGAAACUUAUACAGUCAGGAAAUGUAGUCAGAACAUCUGGGCAGACGUCUGCCAACAACCAUUCCUCCAGGUCACAUGCAGUAUUUCAGAUAGUUUUGAGGAAAAAAGGAACCAAAAAGCUUCAUGGGAAAUUUUCCUUGAUUGAUUUAGCAGGUAAUGAGCGAGGAGCCGAUACCAUGAGUUCAGACAGACAAACUCGCAUGGAAGGAGCAGAAAUCAACAAAAGCUUGCUAGCCUUGAAGGAAUGUAUCCGGGCCCUGGGGCGCAAGGGGGCCCACUUGCCAUUUAGAGCCAGUAAACUUACUCAGGUUCUCAGGGAUUCCUUUAUUGGAGGGAAGUCAAGAACAUGCAUGAUUGCCAUGAUUUCCCCUGCCAUGUCUUGCUGUGAACACUCCCUGAACACCCUGAGGUAUGCAGACAGAGUGAAGGAGCUGGGACCAGGGGGCCCUGUGGAGGGGAGGGCGGCUGAUGAGAACAUUCCACCCCCUGAAGCACAGAACAAUACCCCACUGUCACCCCAGAACAGUGAUCUAGUGCUGCUAAGAACUGGAAAUGAAGCUGAGAUAUCAGAUGAGCUGCUGACGUUCCAUGAAGUGAUCAACCACAUGCAAGAGAUAGAAGAGGAGGUGAUAGAUGAUCACAAAGCUCUAUGUGAAGGUUUGGGUAAAUGGUUGAAUGAAGACAAGAAACUGCUGAAGAUGACAGAUGACGUAGAUUAUGAUGUUGAAGGUUAUGCAAGGAACUUGGACAGUUUACUUGCCAAGAGGAUUGAUGCAUUGUCAAGAUUGAGGGACAAAGUAGUAAAUUUCCGCUUAGAGCUCCAAGAAGAGGAAAAUUUGAGCAAAAACAUGAAGGGAAGAAGGCCCCCAAACAAGUGAAUAUGUGGAUGGCCACGUUGUCCGGUUACCACAAAACCUGCAUGAGGGGACUUUUUGAAUGGAAAACCUACAAUCUGCUCAUCCAACCAUCUUAGAUUACAGCAUAAUAGAAGCUUCCCUUGUUUUUCCAGUGUAAUGUAUGUGCCGUGUUGAAUGC